AUGCAGAGAGGACCUUUGACCCUUUCACUUUCUAAAUUUAUGGGAAGGCCCUUCAAACCUAACAUCAGCUUGAUCUUCCUACGGAACUUGCACACGAUGGGGGUUGGACCAAAUGAGAACGAUGAGCUCUUUACAUACACGUCAGGCCGAUUCCUAUACAAUGAACGAUGCCGUCUUGAAGAGCGACAGGUUUCCUUCAACAUUGGCGCCCUGAAAGACGCUGCUGAAAAACAUGUUGGACACGGCAAAAUUACCUCCCUCCAGAAGCUUGCUGAAGGAGGAUUUAAUCGGAUAUUCCUCCUUACAUCAGAGGAUGGGUUUCAAGCCGUUGCCAAAAUCCCCUACAGCAUUACUGUGCCGAAAAAGUACACCAUUGCAAGCGAAGUUGCUACAACAGACCUUCUGCGAUCAAAGGGUGUGCCUGUUCCCCGUAUAUUUGGUUGGUGUGCUGAUUCGAACAACCCCGUUGGCGUGGAGUAUAUCAUUAUGGAAAAAGCGUCUGGCAUCCCACUGGAGACCAGAUGGUUUGAUUUAUCGAAGCACGAACGUCAUUAUCUUGUGACGAGCCUAGUUGACAUUGAGAAGAAGCUGUUUGAUAUUCCCUUUGGUAAUUUUGGGAGCAUAUAUUACAAAAGUGAUCUACCACCGGAUUUACGGCUUGACUUAUACAUGAGUGGCACAGAUCCGGUUAUGAUGUCAAAAGAUGAAAGGUUUUGUAUUGGGCCCACAACUGAUUAUAUGUUCUGGUACGGCCAGCGUGCUGAUUUGGAAAUAUCUCGUGGGCCUUGGAAAACACCAAAGGAUUACUUGAUCUCUAUCGGAAAACGGGAGUAUGAAUGGACAAAAAGAUAUGGCAGAUCUCGCUCUGUGAAAUUUCCCCAUGUUGUCCACUUCGAGGCCAUCAAUUCUCCUAAUGAACACAUUAGACAUCUCAACCAAUAUAUGGGAGUGGCUCCUUACCUCCUUGGCUCGGAAUCUCACACCGACCUAAGCUGUCCUCUCUUGCGCCACCCGGGUAAGGAAACCCUCCAACGUGAUAUGGUAACAAAAGCACUGGUUAAUAUAUUUAUCAUUCAGAUCUUAACCCUGGUAACAUAUUUGACACUCGAGAAGCCCAGCCUGCCCGAUAACUAUGACUCACUCGAUCCGAAGCAAAAGUCCCAAGCGGACGAACUUUAUCGACGCAGGACGCUCUUUUACAUCUACAUGGCGUUCAAUGGUGGCUUAAAUAAAAAGCACUUGUCUGGGAUGAAAGAUCCUCGUGUGCUACUAUCUCAACAUCUUGUUGAACGCGCUGAGAAACAAUGGAGUGGAGACGUUUUCAGCCUAAAAGGGGCUCUCAUCAGGAUAUAUGAAAACUGGCACCUUUUCAAUGCACACCUAUCGGAGCCACUUCCAUGUCCGAUCUCUUUUACCCAGUCUGAGAUUGAUGCGUACUACGAGCAGGAGCCAACUUGGUUUGAAAUGAAUGGUCUCGUUGAGUACUGGAAGUCAGAGCUAGGAGGUUUGGGCGAUGACGGAUGGGUGAGGACGGAAGCCUACGAAGACACUUUGAAGAAAAGCAUGGAGUUAAAGCAGGUAUUAUUGGAGGGCUCGGAUACACCGGAAGAAGAACGGUGCGUUCAAGAGCAAUGGCAAUUCCAAGAUCAUGAGGAGUGA